AUGUCAGCUUCGACUAGCAGCCUUCAACAGACAGACAGAAGUAGUGUCUCAACAGAAUUCGCACAACCGAUUAGGACAACGGAGACGGUGAAGUCGACAUCAACAGUGAAGACGACGAGCCCAUCAUCAACUACUACAUCAGACGAUUUCGAUUCUUCGUCUAAUAAUAUAUAUAAUUCUUUCAUUACAGAAACCUCUAGUUCAACAACACUGACUACACAAAGAUCUACUUCAUCUGAAUAUAAAGAAAUAACCACACAAUCUAAAAUAACUUUGCCUGCUUCAACAAUUCCAGUAGUUCAUAAUCGAACUGAUGAUCAAUUUACACGAAUACACUCUACAACUACUUCAAAACCACAAAUUGAUUAUCCAAUUCUAUGUCGAAUCAGUGGAAUAAUUUAUUUUUCAAAAUCAUUUCAACCAAUGGAAUGGUUAGAUGAUUUAAUUGAUAAUUCAAGUGAAAUUUAUCAAAAUUUUUCAUUAGAUAUACAAAAUCAAAUCAACAAUGUAAUGGAAAUAUUAGAUUUACAAUUUACUUUAUCUCUCAAGAUUCUUAACAUUAAAUUCACUAAAAUUCCUGUAACAAUGCAAAGUAUGCAUGAUAAUAAUAAUAAUACCACUAAUCUUCGAAAUUCCACCGUAACCUCUAAUAUUAGUAGUCAGAUCUCAGUGACAAUUACAUUAGAAACGAAAUUACUACUACCAUUACCAAUUAUAGACAAUAGGAUGACAGAGAUUUUAAAUGAAGGAUGGAAGCACUUAACAAUCAUAUCACAAUUCAUUUUAAUUGAUGUACAAUUUUCAAGUAUAUCAACUGAUCUUAAAACCAUUCCAACAUUACCAAUAAUGACUAUUACAGAAAAGAUGAAAAUCAAUCAAACAACUACGUCACCUAUGAUAAAAUCAACAACUGAUACCACAUUAGACAAUUUAGAAGAGAUCUCCGUGUUCGAGGUGGAUAUUGUGAUCUACAUUGAAGAACGGUCAGUGCCCAUGAAUUGGUCAACUGAUCUGUCGAAUGAGUCAAGUGUCAUGUACAGAAAUUUGUCGAUGUCGAUUUGUGACCUGCUAUUGAGCGGACUACGUCUGGGUAAUGAAGAGUUCUCUCGAGAUGCUACUUGUGUCCGUGUUGUCUUCAUUCGGAUCAUGAUCUGGAUUGACGUUGUUGGCCAAGCUCACACAGACGCGGGUGUCAAUCGUGUCUCAAUGGAAGCUGUUCGAGCAAUUGCGAGUGUGCAGUUGCAUUUGUCUCGUGGAUCACAACCAACUGAGACUGAUCUCACGGAGACUCUGGUUCGUGGAUGCACACUCCUCAAUAUCAAGAGUGGACCAAGUUUGAGAAACAUAACAGCAUAUCGUAAGUCGUCAAUUGUUGUUGCCCAUUUUGCCAAUGAUAUUGUUCGUCUUCUUACAACUGGUAGUUUUCACUUUGCCUUUGACAUUUUCUCAACAUUUUCUCUCAUAACCAUUUCAGAUUAUUCUACGCUGAAAUCGAAUGACACUUUUUCUUCUUCUUCUUCAAUUGCUCCUGUAUCCGAAACAGAUAUAAUAACUGAGCUUUCAUCAACGACUAUUACAACGGAAUCUACUUUUAUCGGUAGAGUAUUUACACAAUUUGGUGUAAAAGGUGUUUUAUAUAAAUCAGAAAGUGAAGGAAUUAUUCCAUGGUCCGAUGAUUAUAAUAAUUAUCAAUCGAAAAUUUACAAUGAUUUAGCUACAGUAUUCUGUAAUCUGAUUAUAAGUAGUUUAUUAACUGCAAAUACACCAAUAUUUCAAGGUGCUAAAUGUACAACAGUCAUUUUUAUAAGAGUCACUAUCAUUAUUCGAGGUAAACGACAAGUUGUCAAUGGUGUAACCAACAACAACACUUCAACAGAUGGAGUACAAGGUAGUGCAACAAUUGAAUUACAAACAUUAUCUGGUUCACAAUUGAGUCAAGAACACUUUACUCAAUUAUUAAAUGAUGGUCAUAAUCAAUCGGAUAAAACAUCUAGUGUAUUUUUAAAUAACUUAGAGUCAACACGUAUUUCUUCAGUACUUACUUGUUCAAAUACUCAAUUAGUUUGUGGUCAACAUGCAUCAUGUCGAAAUACUGAUAAUGGUGUAACAUGUACAUGUGAUCCAAUGUGGAAAGAUGUGAAUCCAUCUGAUCCUGGAAAGAAUUGUACAUUACAUCCUGGAACAAUUGCAUUAAUUGUAUUCGCUGGAAUAUUACUUAUCCUAGCUAUAAUUGCUAUUAUCUUCUUUGUUAUUAAAACAAAUCAAGUGAAAAAAAUGAAAUUAAAAACAAAUACACAAUCAACUUAA